ACUUACUCUUCCUCCUCCUCGCUCACUCGGACAUAGCCAGACGAGGCGGAGGAGGUUGGGAGGGACACUGCGAGAACAGGGUGCGUGCGAGCAAGCGAGCGAGGGAUUGCGGGGGGACAGGGAUCGAGAAUGCGGUCACAGGAAGGAGAAGGAGGAUGAUGAUGAGCUGAUUAAGCUGAGAAAGUGAGGAGGAGGAGGAGGGUUGGAUUUGGCGUCGAAUUGUGUGUGGGGAGCGGGCGAGGAGGAGUGAGGGUUUUGGGGAGGAGUAGGGCCUUGAGAGAGAGAGAGAGAGAGAGAGAGAGAGAGAGUGCGUUGGUGAUGGCGUCGUCGAUGUAUCCGGGCAAUCCGCCACCGGGGAGGCCACCAGUGCCACCCCCGCCUGGCGCUUGGGGGAAUCACUACGGGCCUCCGAUGCAUUAUGGCCCGCCUGGGCAUUACCCCGUGCCGAUGGGGUUUAACCCUAACGGGCAAUUGCCGAUGCCUCUACCUCUCCCGCCUCAUCACGGAGGGUAUCCCGGAGGACCCCUCCUGCCGGGGCAUUUGCCGCCUGGUGGUGCCUACCCUGGCGUCCCUCACUAUGGAGCUCAGCCUCCACCGCCUCCCGGUGCUGGAGUGCAGAAGAUUUCGGCUGGACCCGGAGGGCCGCAGCAGGGAGUGGUUCAAGGACAGGGGGGGUUUGGGAACAGGGUGCCGCAGCAAGGGGGAACCUCGCAGGUGGAUUCUGUGCCGGGGCGUAGGGAGGAGACGAAGGAGGAGAGGAAUGAGAGGAAAAAGAGAGAGUAUUAUGAGAAGAAGAGGCAGGAGGAGAAGCGGCAGCGAGGGAAAGGGCAGCCGAUGAGGCCUGGGGCUGGGAGUUCGAAGCCUGCUAAUAACGGUUCGAGGGAUGCGUAUGCAGACAAGAAGGUAGCCUCGAGUGUUGGGGAUAAAAUUGAGAAUAGGCUCAAGCGCCCGUCAACAUUCUUGUGUAAAAUAAAGUUUAGAAACGAUUUGCCUGAUAGCACGGCUCAACCCAAGCUGAUGCACAUAAAUACUGAUAAAGACAGGUACACCAGGUAUCAAUUUACUUCAUUGGAGAAGAACUGGAAGCACAAAUUACAUGUGGAGCCUGAUCUUGGUAUCCCAUUGGAUCUACUGGAUAUCAGCAACUAUAAGAAGAUCGAUGCUUCAGUGCCUUUAGAUCCAGAAGAUGCCGCACUCCUGUUGGAUGAUGAAGUAAAGGUGAAGAAAGAUUCCUCAGGCAUACGGAAGAAAGAUAGGCCAACUGACAAGGGUGUGGCAUGGCUCGUGAAGACACAAUACGUCUCUCCCAUCAAUCUCGAUCCUGCCAAGCAGGCUAUGACCGAAAAGCAAGCCAAGGAUUUGAGAGAGCAACGUGAGGGUCGGCGUAUCGAUGUUGAGGCAGGAAAUGAUAGGCAACAGCAAAUUGAAGCAAUUGAAGAGUCCUUCAGAGCUGCAAAACAACUUCCUAAACAUCUUACCAAACCUGAACUCGAGCCUGUCGAAAUUCUGCCGUUGCUUCCUGAUUUCGAGAGGAUGGGCGACCAGUAUGUGCAUAUGGUUUUUGAUACUGAUCCUCUGACGGAUGCCCCCGGAUUAACGGACUUGGACCAAGACGCACGCCUGGAAAUCGAAUCACGGGCAAUCGUGAAGAGCUUCACAAUUGCUACUUCAGACGAAUCGAAGCCCGAAAAAUUUAUUGGGUAUAUGGUUCCGAAACCAGAUGAGUUGGAUAGGAAUUUUUACGACGACGAAGAAGAAAUUCAAUACACAUGGGUGCGAGAGUAUCAUUGGGAUAUCCGACCCGAUGAUUCGAAGAACUUCGUUUUUUGUUUCAGUGAAGACGCUGUUCAUUAUUUGCCCUUAGGCACAAAGUUGGUGCUUCAAAAGAAAAAGGCAAAAGAUGGAAAGUCAAAAUAUGACACUGAAGAUAGAGAUUUCCCAGUACCUGCGAGUGUGACUGUUAUUAGGAGAGACCCCACUCAGGACGAAGAGGAUAUAAGAGAAGAUGCUAGAGAAAAAUUCAUGGAGGGAGGAGAUACGUACAGACGAAAGAGAUCACGGUCGCCAGAGGAUGACAUUCCAGUGAGCACGAAGCGAAGAGGGCGUCAAGAUGAUUAUAGUGAUGAAGAAGAUGAAAUGUCGGUGUAAAUUUUGCACACAUGACAUGUUCCCAAAACCCUCGCAUGUACACAAGCUGAACUAAGACGGAUCUUGAUUUCACCAAAACAGCUCAGUUUCAGCAUUUGAUUUUUUUUUCUCUCAUCUUGUGAAAAAGUUCUUGGCAUUGACCUGUAAAAAUUGAGGCUGUGGGGAUGGAGGCGUGGUAUUUGGUGCCUUGGUGUUGCACACUCUAGCCAGCUCGCUGUAAUAUGGGUAUGUGAAACCGUCCGCGUCGUAAAUUCUGGUUUUGAGGACGGGAAGAAUUGGAAGUGAGCAACUAAGAUCUAACCAUUAGAUCGUGCAGUGCUAUCUCCUAAUCGCACAGGAUUUUCAAAAAACAUGUAUUGUCUUGAUUAAUUAUGAUAGCUCUUAACUGCUUGUACGAGUUUCAAGCUCUUGAUCAUAAUCCCGUGACUAGAUUCUGUUUCUACAGGUAGUAUCGAUAACAUGGUACUUCGUUCACUAUUUCUGGCAGUUGAAAGAUGGGCUUAGAAAGUGCAUAGGUUUCCAAUUAGUGGUUGUUCAGUCAAACUUACAGUACACAAACAAAUCCUUGACUUCUGUUCUCUACCAUUUGAUUCUGUAAUGUAUGUGGACAUGUUGGGUCCAGUCGUUUAUUUCA